AUGGUACAGUUUGAAACAUGCCAAGAACAAAUAUUCUUAUUAAACAGUGAUGAAACAAUUAUUCCUUCUUGUCGUCAAUUAAAGCAAAUGGAUUUAGAUUUAAGUCAAGUAUUUAAUAUACUGGAUGAAAAUAAUGAAGGAAGAAUACGUAUUGCAAGAUUUAUUGAUAUAGCUCAAAAUUAUUAUUCAGAUGCUGAACAACUUGCAAGUAUAACAAAAGCGUUAGAUCCAACAAAUUCUGGUUUAAUUAAUUACGAACAAUUUUGUGAUGGUAUUACACAAAUAAGUUCUCUACAAGGAUUAACUUGGAAAGAAGUUGCAUCUGAUUUAUCGAGACGAAGUAGAGAAAAUUCAUUAGUUGAAGAUCCAGAUCGUCGUAGCCUUAAUCAAGACGGAUCAACGACUACAUUUAUCGAAUACGACGACGACGAAAGUUUCCUCCCAAAUCAUCAUCAUCCAUCUCGAACACCUCCAACCAUAAACACUAAUAGUUCAAUAUCGACCAUACUAAACAAUAAUCACGUUAACAAUAUUUCAAACAACAGCAUUGACUCUAGACAGUCAAAGUCAAACCAUAUAAUAAGAGAUCCCGAAGAAUAUACUGGAAACGGAAAUAGCUCAACAGAUUCUGGAAUAGUUCAACGAACACCACAACGUCUUUCAUUAGUUGCACUCGAGGAAGGUUUACUCGAUCUACAAUCACAACAAAAUAAAUCAGUUCAAUCUGAACAACAAAGAUAUAAUGAAUUGAUUACACACAACGAUCGUGCAUUUUCACGUGAAAAAGAUACAUUACAAUCAAGAAGUGAAACGUUAGCAUACAAAAUUGAAAACCUUGAUGAUCUAUUGCAAGAUAGUCAAAUGAAUUGCGAUAGUUUAGCAGAAGAUAAUGCAAAACUGAUGGAGCAGUUACGAUUAGAACAUGAAGAACUUGAACAAGAGAGAAUUAUUAGUGCUCAACUUGCUGAACAAUUGACGUUAGAUUCAUCAAAACAAAAAUUUGGUCGUACACUAAGUCGAACCGAGAGUAUUAUAAAGAAUUCAGAAACAAGAUUACAAGACCUUGAUUCACAAAUGAGAUCAUUAAAACAAGAAAAUGAGCGAUUAAGACAAGAAAACAAAGAACUUGAGGGACGCUUACUGAGUGCACAUUUCAAUGAAGGAAGAUCGUUAUUAAAUACGACCGAUGAAUCUUGGGCAUCAGAAUUAGAAAUAUUAAGUAAAGAUGAGCUAAUGAAGAAAUUGAGAGAACAAUUUUGUAUUAAUGAUCGGUACCGAGAAUAUAUUGAACGAAUGUUAACUGUCAUAAUGGAGAACAAUCCACAAUUACUUGAAAUUACAUGUUCGGCUAGUGGUUUAUCUAUUGGAAGCGGAAUGUCAACCUCAGGUACCCCAAAAGAAGUUUCUACUUCAUUGCCUCCACUCACUUCGUCACAAUCAGUUCCGCCACAAUCAGCUCCGCAACCAACAACAAUAACAAGAAAAAUGUCAUAUCCGCAAACAACAACAGUUGUUUCCACAACUUCAACAACAAAUUCUAAGGAUGACAAGUACUGCCGCCUGUAA